AUGGCCUCACGAUCUACACCCAUGAAAUCAGCAACUGGCUCGUCUCCGCUCAUGCCUCGUCAGCGAAAACGCCAGAGAACCUCGUACCCGUCAAAUCCAGCCGCACAAACAGGACAACAGGGCAUGAACUAUGGAUCUAGAAAUAAUUCCCAACCAGGUUUAUCGAGCACAUCUCAAGUACUGAAUCCAUCGUCUCCCUUGGGUUCGUUCAACUCUAGCACGCUCGCUAGACGCCAAGGCAACUCUCCAAAUUCAAUUCAUGAAGAUUCUCCAGCAGACAAGGAUAGUCAUGAGUUGGAACUUGAAGAUGGCUUUUCAGAAGAGAUCAUUAUGGCCAUUGAUCUAAAAGGCACUGACACCAUGGGAUGUGCAUACUUCAACACUUCUACCGCUACUCUGUACUUGGCUGAAGAUAUCCUUCAAGCUACGUUGGACGUAGUCGGACAGCUCGUCAUGCACGCUCGUCCGACAACAUUUUUGGUUUCACGGAGAGCACGAGAAGACUUGAUGGAUACCCUGGAAAAGUUGAACUCGCAAGCUAAAGUUUUAGCAGAGCAGAGCCAUUUGUUCAACCUCCGAGUUGUUCCCUCUUCUGAUUUUUCCAACACAUCUGCUAGAGAAGGACUUGCCUCCCUUGACCUAGACAUUGCCGACUCUGUUCAAACACUGGUCUCAUCGUCUGACAACAGCCAAUUAGGUGCCUCGCACCACGAAACUCUCAAGGAAUCUCGUGUAAUAAAAUCACUCCGAUGCGGUUCUUUGAUUAACAUAGACAGUCAUGUUUCCAUUAAUUGUGCAGGGGCGGUCAUGGUUGAACUUCAUCGACGUCGCUCAGCAGGACAUCAUUCACAGUCAAUUUACUCUGUUUCUUCUCUAAGAAUGUUCCAACUUUCAGAUUAUUUGUUUAUUAGCGCUGAAACACUACUAUCGCUUCAAAUUGUACGUUCAGAACUCCAUCCUAACAGCCAGAUAUGGGGGCAGGGCCCAAACAGCAACAGCAUGAAAGAAAGUCUUUCUAUUUACGGUCUCUUCCAUUUCUUAGCCUGCACCUCUCAAGGACGAAAGUCGCUACGACAAAUAUUUCUACGGCCAACUUUAGACAUGGAUACCAUCGUCGAAAGACAGCGAACGAUACAAUUUCUCUUACGGCAAGAGAACACGGAUAUUGUCAGGAAGAUUCCCUCAGUGUUGCGAAGGGUUAAAAAUGUGAGAAGUAUCAUGGCACAUCUUCGCAAGGGUAUUGACUUGGCGGCAGUCCGCCAGUCAUUCGACAAGUGUGUGUGGGCCAGUCUGAGAGCAUUCACGGUGCAAACGCUGAGAUUGAGAGAAAUGAUUGCAAGCCUUCGCGGAGGUGACGAUAUUGAGAUUGUUCGCCGGGUUCUGGAAGGUGUUGAGCCAUCCAUUUUGGUCCGAGCCGGGGGGCUUGUUGACAAAACUAUCGACUUUGAUCAAUCUAUCGAGCAGUAUCGCCCUUCUGUUAAGGAAGGCAUAGAUCCAGAAUUGGAUCAGUUAAAACGACUCUAUGGAGGAAUGCCUAGUUUCUUGAGCAAGGUGGUCAAACAAGUAAGCCGCAAUGUACCAGAAUGGGCACACCGGUACAUUCAAUCUUGCGUGUUUCUCCCCCAACUUGGGUUUUUAACUAUGGUUGAAUUCGAUCCACAAACGAAAAGUGCCAAGUACGAAGGCGAAGGCGCAAUAGAUGAUAAAUGGGAACAGCUCUUUACUGCGAACGACGCAGUAUGCUAUAAAAAUCGCUACAUGAGAGAGCUCGAUGAGCAGUUUGGGGACAUGUAUUGUCAAAUAGGCGAUAGAGAGGUUGAGAUCGUUCACAAUCUGGUCAAUCUCGUUCUCGAGCAUGAAGAUGUUCUGAUAAGAGCAUCGGACUUAUGUGGUGAUUUUGACGCCCUUGCAGCUCUCGCCGCUGGCGCCGAGAAAUAUAGGUGGGCAAAGCCUCGAAUGACAACAGCAAAUAUUCUCGAAAUAAGAGGCGGACGUCAUCCUCUUCAGGAACUCGUCGUGACUACAUUUGUGCCAAACGACUGCCGCCUAUCAUACGAAGAAGUAGAUGAUCCGGAUGCCACCGAAUCAAGCUCAGCUCUCCUAGUCACCGGUCCGAAUCAUUCAGGAAAAAGUGUUUUCUUGAAGCAAACUGCCAUUAUCGUCUACCUAGCCCAUAUUGGAAGUUUUAUACCAGCGGAGAGUGCUACUAUUGGUCUGACAGAUAAAAUACUUACCCGUAUCUCGACUCGAGAAAGCGCCACCCGUAAUGAGAGCGCAUUUGCCAUCGAUCUCAAACAAGUUGUUCAGGCUACAAGAAAUGCCACAGAUCGAAGCCUUGUGCUUGUAGAUGAGUUCGGUAAAGGAACCAAUUCGGAUGAUGGCGCGGGUCUUUUGGCUGCUGUCUUGAGCCAUUUCCUCUCACUUGGCUCGAAAUCCCCUAGAUUAUUGGUUGCCACACAUUUCCAUGAGCUCUUCGAAUGUGGCUACUUGAAGGAACUACGGGGCUUAGCUUAUGCUCACAUGGAUGUACGAACACAUACUGCAGAGACCGGCGAGGAUGGCGAAAUCACAUUUCUUUUCAAGCUCACGAGUGGCUACAGCAACUUGAGUUUUGGGGGAAAGUGCGCAGCGCUGAAUGGAGUACCUGAUGCAAUUGUGUCUCGGGCAGAUGCAAUCUCAAAUCUUCUCGCUCACAAUGAGGAUCUGGCCUCAGCCUGCGCAAAGCUGUCACGAGAAGAACAAACUCGAUUGGAGGAAGCGGAAGUGGUGGCACGCAGAUUCUUACGAGCAGGCCUAGAAGCUGGCAAAGGCACCACAGGUUUUCAUGCCACAGUAUCGUUGGAAGCCAUAUUAAACAAUAUAUUGGCUCCUCCCUAG